AUGGCGACUGCGAUGAGUCUGGUCGAGGCUGGAUUCUGUCAAUGUCUAAAUGCUACCAUGGACGCGCUCCUCGCUGCCAUCCUCUCGCAAACAUCGCCCAACCUUUCUCCAGCCGGCCUCGCGGCUGUCUGUCUGGCCAAUCGACGUCUUCAGCUCGCAACUGAGCCGCAUCUGUAUCGCAGCGUUGUGUUUGAUAUGGGCGACGCCAAACGGACCUCGCGGACGAUGUCUUUGCUGGCAACGUUAGCUGGGAGCGCAAAGCAUGCUGGAUUUGUCCGCAAGGUUUAUGCGGCCAAAUUCGCGGCAUCUAGCGAGUUCGUCUUCACAAAUAUUGACCUCGUCCUUAGUGCCAUCGAAAAAAUGGUCCGUCUCGAGGUCCUACAUUGUACCGACACCUGGGAAUUCAUGCUCUUCGUCAUCACCUCUGGCGUCCAUUUCCCUGGACUCCAUACCUGUGCCAUUCCGUAUAUCGGUCCCAGCUGCGCGCAGCACAUCUCGCCUUGCGUGACACUGGCCAGCCCAUACUUCAAGAGCUCUCUUCCACGCCUUCAAACUUUUGUCGGCCCGCCAAUACUGGCAGAGCUCUGGCUGCGCCAAUCCCAUACACAGCUCUGCCAUGUCAUCCUCUCCUGCGACCGCUCAAUUGGUCCUCACGUGCCAACAAAACCAGCGCUGCGCUUACUCGAGACCGCCCGAUUGGAGUCAUGCAGCGUCUUCGUCAGCAGCCUCAACACCAGCUUCUUGCCCGCGCUCGCGGCGCACAUGCCCAAGGUCCAAUUUGUAACCUUUUUACUCGAUAAGACUCCGAUUGCGGAGCCCGACUAUGAUCGCUUCCUGUCUUCUGUGCCCGACUCUCUCCCUGCCCUGCACCGCUUGACGUCGCUCGACAUCUGCAUGUUUCUCACUUCUUACCCUACCAAGGACACCCCCGCUCGCUCAAGCUGCGCAUCCUCGGCGAACUAG